AUGUUUUGUACUCAACUCAUUUAUUUUGCAAAUUACCAUUUAAAGAUUCAAUUAUUGACAUUUGAAUCACUGAACAUUGAAGUACAACUUGAUAGCACCAUGACCAAUGCACUGGAAGGGUUCCCUUAUGAUCUCUUGCAAAAUGGUACUUUGCUUCAAGACACUAUUCAGAGUAUCAAACACUGCUUCGUGGAUACCAACCUUUACAAUUUCCAACUUCAAGAAUUGUUCAGAAUAAGACAAAAGGACAAGAUUGAUCCAACAAAAGAUUACUACAUUGAUACUCACAAUACCGAGGAGCUUUUGAAAGAAAUGGUGGAUGUUUUCUGCUCAACAAGAACCAAAACGGAUCUGGAGUUGGGAAAUUUGGGUGAUGAACUGAAAUUGAUUGGUGAUGGUCAAAUUCCAGAAUAUUUUUAUGGAAUGUGGUUUAUUAUAAUCGAUAUUGAUAUAUUAAUAAAACAUCUACCUUUAGAACCGGAAACUGUGAGGAAACCAAAAGGAAGUAUCUCGAGAUUCUCAAGAGAUUUCAAAUUGGUAGAGUUUCAUCGAGUUGAGGAACUAACCAAAAUAGAUUUCAAAGCAAAUAUAUUACAGUUUGAUCAUUUUGUUAAAACAAUAUUGAAGAAAAAGUUCAAUUAUGAUACUUUAGUGGACUUUGUCAAAAGUGUAUUAAAUCAAUAUAUACACCAGUUGGAGAAUAAUAUCAUAACUAGGUCCACCACAAACCCACCAACUGAACAAUAUCUAGAAUUUUACUUUAAAAAUAGUUUCACUGAACCAAUUUUCUUCUUCUUUCGAAAAUUAUUAUUAAACUGGGAUGCUUCUUUUUCAAUUGAUAGUACAAGUUCUAAAAGCCUGGAAGGAGUUUUUCCAAAAGAUCUUUAUGAGAGUUUAUCAAAUGACUUUAAAACCUACCCAGAAUUCUUAAGAAACAAUGAAAUUUUCACUGACACGUCAGUAGACGUUUCUGUCAAUUUUAAAUUAGGUGGUAUUACUUAUAAGUGUGGAGGAAUACAGAUCAAAGACAAUCUCCUCUCUGCUAAUAUGACACCUGAUGAUAAAUUCGUAAGGUUGAAUGAACUUUUUACUCAAACCUUGCAAUACCUCAUUAGUAAUGAGUUUACUUCAUAUAUGAUGAGUGAUGCUACAAGUACACUGUUUUUCCAAUUACCAAAUAAAAAUGGUCAUUGGUCAAGUAAUGAGAAUGGGAAAUCUGUGGAAUUGGUAAAAGCUCCAUUAAAAUACAUUAAAUUUAAUAGUACAGAACAUAGACCUCAGGGAUCAAUAUCUUUACAGGGUUUGAUUUGCUUGCAUAUUUUUGAACAUUUGAAGAACUUGGUACCAACUAUUACAUAUCAAGGACUUGAUUAUGAUGGAUCAAUUUAUAAAAAAAUACAUGAAUUUGAUGAUCUAAAUUAUGGUACUUUUAUGGUUGAAUUAAUGGAAAAUGGGGUUAAAAUAAGAUCCAGAUAUUCAAACAAACCAAGACUACAUUCGAGCUCUGAUAUCAAUCAGAUCACAGGUCCACCUAGCAAAAGAACAAGAUCAGGUAAGCUUUAUUCUACAGAUCAAUAUGAAACAAAAGAUGAUGAUUUUGAAUACAACAUCAAGGAGUCUGAUAACACUUUUUAUAUUGAAGAUGUAUUCAAAUUACAAGUUGAUCUCAUAGUUAAACAAUAUAAAGUUUUAUCUCAAUUCUCAAAUGGGGUCUGUCUGAAAAUAAUUUUAUCAUCAAAGGAUUGUUUUGAAACAUUUGAACCAAGAAAACAGUUUAAUAUGACAGGUAUUAAGUUUAAUACCAACGUAUUUUGUAAAAUUUAUGAUCUUUAUCAAUCAAAAAGAUUAUAUGAUCUUGUUACAGGCUAUGGUUAUGAUAUACUUGCAAGUUGUGAAUGUAUGGGUGAAUACGAUGAGUCAGAAUUAAAUAUUUUGGCAUCUUUGGAAGAUAUGAAUAUUUAUCCAUUUUUUUUAAAUACAAUUAAGCAAAGUUUUGUUAGAGAAUUUAUAGCGUUCAAAAGAAUUGAGGAAUGGAAUUUAAACCAUGAUGAAGAAGAUCAAAUCAAAACUGCAAAAGUAUUACAAUAUGGAUGGUUUGAUGAUCUAACUCUUGAAGGUAAAUAUUCAUUAUAUGGUCCUUUUUUAUUGUUUGAGAAACUUGAAUUUAUGAAUGAUAACAAGAUUAAUAAUAGCAAAAGGUCAAAGAAUUACGAUAAACAAAUUGAGUUAUUAGAGCUAGCUGGUAUCAAGCAUAAUGAUUUAGAAAAGCAUGACUUAAAUUAUUGUUUUAAUAAUAAAGAUGAAUGUUUUAUUGUGGAUUUUGGUAGUUCUUCAGUUGAUAAUGAUGAAAUUUUGAAUAAAUUUGAUCUAGAUGAAUUUCAUCCUGAUGAUUGA